AUGAAAUUGGCGCAGUUGAAAGUGAAUGGAGCAUUGAUUAAUGCUUUUAUUGAAAGGUGGAGGCCAAAAACGCAUACAUUUCAUUUGAAGUGUGGGGAGGCAACUAUUACACUUCAAGAUGUUUCUGUGCUACUUGAUAUUCCUGUGGAUGGAAGACCUUUAAUUGGAAAUACAAAUAUUGACUGGUUUGAGUUGUUUCAUGAAUUAUUGGGUAUCAUGCCUGACGAUGCUGCAAUUGAUGGGAACUCAAUUAAAUUGAGUUGGUUGUCUUCUCAUUUUGCAAAUAUUCAUGAUUUUACAGGCAACCAAGAAGGCCUUGAAAGAUUUGCUCGUGCUUGGAUCUUACGAUUCAUAGGAGGGGUAAUGUUUGUUGACAAAAGCCAGCAAACGGGUGCAUUUGAAAUAUUUGCAGUUUCUGAGAGACCUUAG